GCUUGCAGUGCAACGAGACGCAGCCAUGCCGGCCGUGCGUCGACCUCAGCGUCGAUUGCACCUUCAACCGCGUAAUGAAGCGUCGUGGCCCGCCAAACAAACACGCAGAGGCCGCCCGGGCCGCCAAGCAACAGCGGCUCGAGCCUAACAUCAGCCCGGGCCCGCACAACGCAGCCGAGACCCUCAUUUCCAUCGCCGGCGGCCAGGACGCCCAGCAGGUUCUCGACGCCGAGUCCAUUGCGCCCUGGCCGGUGCUGACGCUGCUGAUCGACGACUUCUUCACCUACAUCCACCCGCUCGCGCCCUUCCCCCACGAACCGACCUUCAGGAUGUCCUUCACAGCGCGGCAGGACAGGACAAACCGGGGAUUCCUGGCGCUGCUGGCCAGCAUGAUCGGCUGCCUGGUAGCUUCGUUUCCCCGGACCGCGCGCCUGCACCUCAAGACGCAGCAGCAUGGGAUGAAGAUGUACCCCAAGGCCAUCACCCUGAUCGACCGCUGCCGCACCGUCGCGCUUGAAGCCCGCGGUCCGACCUUCUACAGCAGAGACGACAUCACGGUCUACGAUGCCGCGACUAGCUAUUUCCUGGGUCUGGCAGCCGCGUACACCAUGCAGUGGAAGGUGUGCCGCCGCUUCAUGGCCGAGUGCAUGGCCUUCAUCCGGGAGCUAGGGUACCACAAGCCCCGCGACUUGGGCUCCUCCAUGUUCGGUGUGACCUACCGGGGACCGUCCUUCAACCACGUCGAGGACCAGCUCGGCAAGCGCAUCUUCUGGUGCAUGUUUGUCGGCCUUCGCUCCAUGCACCAGCUCGGAAGCCACCACAGCGACGUCGUCCUUCCGCCGCCGACGCCCACUGAGCCGUACCCAGAGCUCCCUGUGGAGGUGGACGAUCAGUACAUCCUGCCCCACCAAAUCUUGGGCCAGCCAGAAGGCGUUGUCUCCCUUCUCACAGGCUUCAACCAGGGCAUCAAGAUCUACAUGACCAUGAACGGCCUUGUCAGCGUUGAGGUGUCAUAUGGGAUAUCCACGCUGCCGUUCAAUGACCAAAAGGCAAUGCUAGAGGAGAGCCUCCAAGCGGUCAAGCAGGUGAUGGACGGCCUGCCGCGAGAGCUGACCAUUGAGCUGAAUGGCGGGGCCGGAAACAGCCAGGCUCACGGCCCGUCCGGCCUACAUCCCGCCGGUCCCCAAGCCGGCGGUUUCGACGACAGCAACGGCGGGCUGCACUACUACCCCAUCGGCUUCGCAGGCAUGCAACCGCCCAACCUUCGUCACAAACCGAGCCCCCAGCUCCAACGGCGCCGCCUGCUGCAGUACGAGAUUCAGAAAGCCAACAUCUACGCGUCGCAGCUCGCCACCCGCUCCUACUACGUCGAGCGCUACCUCAACCUGCGCGACGCCCACCGCGAGCACGCCCGCGCCCAAGCCGCCCAAGCCGCCCAAGCCGCCCAGGCCUCCUCCUCUUCCUCCACCACCACCACGGCCGCAGUCGACACCUCCACCAAAUCGGUAGCCGCAGCCGCCCGACAGCACGCGGCCGCCAAGCAGCACCCCCACCACCCCAACCACCCGGCCGACCCCGUCGACGCAAGCAUGACGGCCGAGCGCGAGCUCAUCGUCCAGCACCUGCUGACCGUGCUGACUUCCAUCUCGCAGCGCAGCAUGGAGCCCAACGGCGCGUCGCUGAUCAACAAGAUCCGCCAGGUCGCCAGCACCCUCGUCAACGACGACCCCAAGCGCAAGGGCCCCGUCGCCGUCAAGAACCAGGAGUCCCUCAGCCGCUUCGUCGAGAUCCUCAUGCGUCUGGAGCGCGUCCCGCCUGGAGGCGGGCCUGGUGGGGGCGCCGGCGUCGCCGUUGGCAAUGGGGAUGACGAGGAGGUUGAGUUGAGGAGCUGGGCGGAUUUGAGGGAUUACCAGGUGAGGUUUUUGCAGGGCGGCGGGUUUAUGAAUUUGCCUUGACGUAGUGGGCGGGAGGGCGCGGGUUGGCGGGUGCCGGCUUGGACGUUAAGGUCGGUUGUGCCCGGGUCGGACGGGUGAUGAUGGCUGUAUGAGCUGGGUGGCUAUUUGCGUUGCUAUAUACUUUUACUGGCGGAGAUUCUCACUCAUACCAGGAUCGUGGACAGCCGUGUGCUAUGCCGCGGUCUGUGUCUUUUGGUCUUCAUAUUCGCCUUAGGUUAAUGAAAAGUUGCUCCGGCGGCGUGAUACAAACUCCCUAUUGCAAAGUCGUCCCUCCCUUGCAAUGCCCAUGCGAUCCGCU